AACGUUAAAAUUCGAGAACAGACCUAGAGCGAAAGAAAACCACACACGGCUCAACAGGUCACGGACUGAAGGUGUGUUUUCUUGUCUCCGCUUGCCCUGUGACCGUCCUAUUGAGUGGAAACGUGAAGAACGAUGAGACGUCUCCUGGUUGGGGUCCUCAUUGUCCUCAUAGCCGGAAUGGCUGUGGAGGGAUUUAAUAGGAGGAAGCCUGGUCCUGUGAAGCUGUUCACCAACAACUACUUGAAGAGACUUGAUAAGAUCUUAGGGCCCAGGCCGGAGCUGGAAGGUGUUGUGUGUUCCGACGACAGGGGCUGCAACUCCGGCGAAUGUUGCACGAAGUACAAACGGUGCAGGCCGAUGAUUUCGGGGGAGGAGUGCUACCCCUUGAAGAUCUUGAAUAUGGAAUCGUGUCCAUGCGAGGGCGGGAUGAAGUGUCAAGUCUACCGCCACCUGCAAUGGAGUCAUGUAAUGCACCAGAAGGGAACCUGCGUACCAGAGGACGAGUACAAGGAACUGGAACUUAAGACCUACGACGAGUGGACCGACAAGGACCCAUCCGGAAUCAAGAAGUACCUGGGGAACAAGUGGAGGAACCAGAUUGGGUUCACUUCCGGUGUCCUUGGUCGGGGGAGAAAACGCCGAAGUGUCCAGAAAAACGCACAUUAGACCCGAAACAUGAUGGGCUGCUUGCAAGAAGGAACAAUCGCUGCAGUUUAUUGCCCGAUAAUAUCCCCGUACUCUCCAGUGACUUUAAUACAGAUGUAUUUCUCACAUAGUACACAGCUAGAAAAAUAUUUCAACAGGCCACAUGAAACCUUGAAAAGAGGCAUCUAUAGCGAACAUAUCAAGUAAACACAUCCUCAUCUACACAUUUUUGCUCUGUGAAUACUUUUGAAUUAAAACUGCAGCAGAACAA